AUGGAGGCCACCUUCACUGACUUCCCUUCACAAGCGAAUGGAGCGCGGGACGGUGCUGGGGGUCGUCCGGCUAGCCCUCUAUUUGCAAGGUGUGCUGCUGACACCCCAAGCGUCCCUGCGGUGGCACGCCCAACCCUGAUGUCACCGGCAGACCUGCAACAACUUCUCAAUCAAGUCAAGAUUGUGGUGGGUGAACUGCACUCCAGACGGGAGGAUUUGAACGGAGUCUCAGUAGCUGCACAGGCCUUCCUUGGCUGUCUCGACAAUUAUAAUGCUGCACAGAAGUCAUUUUCUGAAUCGAUUGGUCGCUCCAAAACUCUCUCAGAGGAGGCCAAUCGAGUGCAGCCGGCCGUUCGUUCGGCUGUUCGUUGGCUACUUGACAAGCACGCGGAAUUAGAUGCCAAUGCACGGGCUCAGUCCUCUCUUCUUACCUCUGCCGUCGACGAGCUGAAUGACUUCACUCAUGAAGUGGAUGUCUGCAGGGGUGCUCUCAAUUCCACAGAGCGCUCUUUCCGCCAAUCUGUCCGAAAACUUCUUGCAGCUGGUUGUGACGUCGAUCCGAAUACUGUUAAAACCUCUACUGCUAGACGUCUGUCAGAGAUGCGUUCGAAUAGACCACUCCUCGAGGCCCAACUUGCCGCUCUCUACGACCUCUUUGGCAGCAUUGCCACAACAGACCGAACACUUCACGGUUUGAAAACGGAAGCAACACACCUCAAGGACCACACUCUACAAUCAUUCGCCUUGGAGCCCGAAAAAGUAGACGUGUGGCUGCAUCAGCCUCUGACCAAUGAAGUCACUCGCGCCGCCGAAUUGGCCGAAGAACUGCGCUCCGUUACUGAUUCUGUGGAGCUGGCUCUGGCUGCUAGUCAAUCAACAGAGGAGAACUUGACAGCCCUCAACUAUUGGUUGACCAAGCAAGAAGCCAGCUUGGACACCAACUUGCUUAAGGCCUCAACUUCUGAUGAGCCCGUGGCUGAACUACAGGACAGUGGAGCACGCCAACAGGUGGAAAUGAAAGGAAAGACUACGGCGCUUUAUAUGACUUUGAAGAACGCAGAGGAAGAUCUUGCCUCACUGGUGAACUCUGACGCACCAGCCGAUGAAAUUGCCAAGGCACGCAGGGAGGUUCAGAGUGCGCAAGCUCUUGUCAAAAAAGCUGAAAAACUAUCUGACCGCUUCGAAAGUAGAAGGACUGCCCUGGAGCAACUAGACCUAAAACUCGACAAGAUAGCAUUGGCGCAAGCAUCGGUAACACGCCUGCAGGAGACAAAACAGCAGUUGGCUGUCUUGGCGGAUAUUAUUGCCCGCCAGGAGGAAGCAAUCGAAGAACGUGCCGAUUUAAGAAGACAAUUUGAACAGUCCUGCCGACAUGCUUUUAACUGGCUCAAUGAAUUUGAUGCAACCAUUACCAGCCUGCCCGUGGUGCCGUUGGUCUCCUCGGAGAUUGACAAACAAAGAAAGGCCUUAGUUGCAUUGACGGCCAAAUGGGAGUCCUUUAAGACGGAGGUGGAUGAGAUUCGUGCACUUGGAGGAAAGCUUGAAUCAUCUAGGAAGUGUGCUAAGGUCGCGGACGGUCCUCAGUCAUGGCGAUUUGAACAGACUUCUCAUCGUGGACCAGGAGAUGUCAUGAGCCCCAUGUCGAGCACGGCUUCCAGUGGAAUGUCCGGUGGAGAUAUUGCAGCCGGUUUGCACGAAUUAAGUGACAUUGUGGACCAAUACGAGCGUGUCAGCUUCCGCUUCGCUGAGUCAGGCGAGCGCCUUGCUAAACGACGUACUGAACUUGACUCAACUGAUGAACAACUUGAGGCCUUCGAAUUCAUGUGCGACGACAUAACCAAUUGAACAAAGUCAGACAUCGAGGACUUCGCAUCACAGGUGGAUAAUCUACGAGACAAAGCCACUCAGUUGCUGAAGAAUCGCGAAUACGUAAACGGUGCCGCAGCUAUUCGUUUGUCCAUUGCGGACGUGGAAAGGAAAUGGCAGACCCUGGUUGCCUUGUGUGGCCAGCACGCAACUAACUUCGAUUCGCUGCUAAAACAUAUGGCAGACUGUGAUAGCCGGUACCGCGACCUCGACGUCAAACUGGCGCAGAAUUCUCGGCUCGUUGAGGCGCUUGGUUCCAUCGCAACGACACCAGUGCUGACUGCUGGACAAAUACAGCAGGUCAAAAUCUUAAAAGACGCAGUUCAAAGUCUACAACCGGACGUGGCUGCCUUGGAAAGAGCCACAGAUGACCUGCUUCGUGCCUUCCCUCCAUUCACGGACCUCUCCGACUAUAAAAACCGAGCAAUGGAUGUGCGCGAGAGGUAUGACCGUCUUACUAGUGUCCUCAGCACACGUGCCUCACUCCUUCGGGACGUCGAAGGUCCCGGUGCUGACCUCCACACUCGUCUGCAGACAUUGUCCAACGAACUGCAUGACCUGGGACAAACUUUCAAUCGUCUCCCAACAAAUCCGACACCAGAUGAAUUGAGGGAAUACAAGCGCAAGCUUGAUGUCUGUAGGUCUCAAUUCGAUGAGGCCAUCCAACUUGGCGACCGGAUCUGUCAGGAAGUCAAGGAUCCAGCCGCUCAUUCCGACAUCAGGAGAAGUCUCGGUGAGCGGAGACGCAGCCUGCUAGACCUUGAGGCGCGACUGGAGGAACGUUUGAGGACGGCGGGUGUGGCAGUUUCCGACAAGGGCGCGAGGGAAAGUACCGACAACACAUUGACCUCCGGCCCUAUACCAUCUACUGCGACCAUCCCCGGCCGGAGUGCUCAGCUGGACCCCAGUCGUACUGACCUCCUCUAUUCUGACAAAAUUGGCUUAAAUACUUCCUAUCGUCCGAUACCCGCGGGACAGUCGUAUAGUCAAGUAGAAAAGCAGUCUUUCGCCUCUCCUCGGGAUCCACGAACUCAGUUGUUGGAUACUCUUCAGGCUGGUACCCAGUUGGAACAAAUGCGACCCGGGCUAAAACCGCCUUCUGAAAGUGAACGGAAGGCUUUCGAUGAAGUAGAACAGCAGGUGCAAAAACUUCAGGCAUGGGUGGAUCUCGAGCGGUCUGCUUCGCACGCGCCGAUCGCCAAGAGUGGCGCCUUUCCACUCUCGAAGUCGGCCUUGUCCCCACUUAUUCAGAGUCUUCGAACGGAGAUGGACCUCGUAGACGUGCGGAAGAAUGAGGCAGAGAAGUUGCUGAAUACUCUGGAGAGGCAACUAAUUUCCGCUUCGAGUGCAUCAAUGACCAAAGGAGCAGAACUCCAGGCUCGGCUACAACGUGCUGUCAGUCAACUGGAUCAAAUCCGCACGCUCAACAACGAGAAGAGGUGGGCUGCACUGGGUGGUGGUACUUCGGCUCUGCCUCCUCAGCCCGGCUCACGUAAUCAGUUGAAUCAACUCAUUGAUGACGUAAGUCAGCAGUUGAGGAAGCUGGAAGAACCGAAAUCGACACUACUGCAGAGCCUCGAUGGUUUGGAGACCUCCCUGCGAGAAGCUGGCGAUAGUCUUUUCCAGGACUCUAUGGCUCCCCUCCGACAAAAGGAACUCGAGGGUGUGGAGAACCAGUUAGCCCUCUUGGGCUCAACGCAGACAAUUGUGGAUCCGGACAGUCUGACUGACCGCUUGGAGGACAUUGGCCAGGUCAGAAACCAGCUGACUGAGUUGGAAAAUAAACUCAAUUCAUGGAAUGCAGACAUCGCAAAUCUUAAGGAUGGUUCAACAGCACAGCUUGACAAAACUGCUUCCGAUCUGAUGGCUUUGUGCAGCCGUCUACAGCGGCAAGCCGAACUAAGCGCUGCCGAGCUAGAGGCGAGGAUUGAGGCCGCCAGAAAAUUCGCCACACGGAUGGAAAUUCUUAAAAACAAUAUUGCCGCCGCGCAGAAAGCCUGUCCACUCCGACCCAAUAAGUAA